GGAACAUGCUGGAGUAGGAGGACGCGUUCAGUGGCGUGUUCAGGCGUUAUGGAGGAUGAAUCUGCGUCUUUUAAGCGAGUUGUGUACAAAAAAGCUUCUGAUUACCACUACAUGAAGGUCAGCCUAGUUUUGGAAAACAAGAAUAAAACACCGAGUGCGGAACAGUUCAAGCACUUUAUUAACUCGGGAGUUAAAGAUCUGUACGGAGAGGUUGGAGCUGCGUUUCCCUUUGAUGUGCUGACGUUUGACCAGAAGACGCUGUCCGCUGUACUGCGUGUGUAUAACAGAGGUUUGGUGAAGUUGUGGAGCGCUCUUACCCUGAUCGGAGCGUAUGAAAAUGAAACGUGUGCUUUCAGAGUCACACAGGUCUCGCCGUUUUUAUUAGCUCUAUCCGGAAACAGCCGCGAGUUGAACUUGUGCUAGCUGACCUGACAGCAUGGCCUCCGUUCUGAGA